AUCUGUUGUGACUUCCUCAAACUUAUCAGGGAUUUGUUUUUUUUUCUCAUUUCAGAUAGAAUUGAUGUCAUAAAGUUGAGAAAUAAAUGCACCAAUUGUUUUCGGGACUCAAAAUGAUGGGGUCAUUUCUUUCAAGGGCACUUCUACUUGUUUUUGGCUAUACCUAUCCGGCUUAUGAGUGUUUUAAAACUUUGGAGAAGAAUAAGCCAGAGAUGGAGCAACUUCUUUUUUGGUGCCAAUACUGGACUAUUGUUGCUAUGCUUACAGUCUUUGAGAGAAUUGGGGAUACUUUCAUUUCAUGGCUACCUCUGUACAGUGAAGCAAAGUUGGCAAUCUUUAUGUAUCUUUGGCAUCCUAAAACAAAGGGAACAUCAUAUGUUUAUAAUUCUUUCUUCCGGCCUUAUGUGGCUAAACAUGAAGGGGAAAUUGAUCACACCUUAUUGGAGUUGAGGGUUAAGGCUGUGGAUAUUGCAAUUCUGUAUUGGCAAAAGGCUGUGAGUUUUGGCCAGACAAGGUUUUUUGAGAUUCUGCAGUAUGUUUCUUCUCAUUCAGCAUCACGGCCUAAAUCUGAUAAGGUAUCCAUUGACAAGGAAAAGUAAUAUCUGCUCUAGGGAUCAGAAAUCAUUUGUUUAGUGCAUUCUACACUGUAUUCUUCUAAUGGUAAUUGUUAAAAUUGGGAUAAGAAUGUUGAUUACUCAUUCUUUGGCCUUAAGCUAAUUAUGCAGAAACUGUGUAUACUUGAUCCCUAUAUAUCAAUGUUU